AUGAUAACUUCUAUUCCUUUUCCAGAAAGACAGAAGAAGAAGAAGUUCAAGGAUCAAUUGAAGAAGUUCAUUGAAAAGAUCAAACAGAUUCGAAUCAACAUCCCUUUUGCAGAAGCCUUGGAGGUAAUGCCAAACUAUACCAAGUUCAUGAAGGAGGUCCUAUCCAAGAAAAUUCGGAUCGAAGAAGACACACCAGUGACACUCACGGCAACUUGCAGUACCAUUCUUCAGUCGAAUCUACCACCGAAAAUGAAAGAUCCAGGGAGUUACAAUAUUCCUUGUAUUAUUGGAAAUUCUACUUUCGAUAAAGCUUUGUGUGAUUUGGGGGCAAGUAUUAAUUUGAUGCCUAUGUCUGUGUUUCUAAAACUAGGCUUAGGAAAUUUGAACCGCACUCGCAUGACUUUACAACUAGCUGAUCGUUCAUUGAAAUAUCCUGAUGGGGUUGUAGAAGAUGUGCUAGUUAAAGUAGAUAAAUUCAUUUUGCUUGAAGAUGAUGAAGCACCAAUCAUUUUAGGUCGUCCAUUCUUAGCCACUCGUAAGGCGAUGAUUGAUAUGAAAUUAUGA